GGAAAGUUGUCAAAGUCAAAAUUAAGCAGAAAUGGCGAAGCUAGGCGAAUUGACGGAGGACGAAAAAUCUUUGUUUUCACAUCUCAACAAAGGUGAUUUUGAGGAGGCUUCAAGGCUCUUGCGUUCAGGAAGUGUGAGGAUCGACUGUUUAGAUGAGCAUGGCAUGACCCCACUGAUGUGUGCGGCAUACAAAGGCAAAGCAGAAAUGUGUGAGCUGCUGAUAGCUCAAGGAGCAGAUGUGAACUCUAACCACCAUGAACAACAGUACACAGCUCUCAUGUUUGGUUGUCUCUCAGGGUCUGUAGAUGCUACAAGGGUAUUGCUUGAAGCUGGAGCGAGGGUUAAUGCAGAAAACAGUCUUGGGAGAACAGCUGCUCAGCUGGGAGCUUUCAUUGGUCAAAGUGAAUGUGUCAGUCUUAUUAACAACUUCCUGUCAGUGGAUGAUUUGGGAUAUUACACAAAGCCUCAAGGCCUAGAAAAAGAACCCAAGCUAUCAGUGGCCUUGGUACCAGCACUCCACAAGUUUGCUGUCAGUCAAAAUUUAUGCCCAGUGAAGAUUGCUAUGUAUCUGCAAGAUAACUUUGAACUUGUUAAGAACUACAAGAGUUUAGUUAAAGUUAUGGAGCUCCUAACAGAGUCAAAGAUUAAGUCAAAGGAGAUGCAAGAAGUGCUGGCCAUGAAGAUGCACUACCUGGGAUUUAUGUUAAAAAAAUGUGCACACUGGAACGAAAAACUGGAGGGAAAAGGUGGAAUUGAUGGCUUCAUAAAAUACUUAACAAAAGGGCGCUCAUCCGAUGGCUUUUUCAUUAAUAUGGAAGAUAUUAUACGGCAAGCGAUAAAAGAGUUCGAUUAUCCAGAAUGUACCAUUUUCAAACAGCUCGUUCAAACAAUAGCACCUGUAGAGAAGGGGCGUGAUCCAACAGCUCUCGCCGUGAUAACUCAGAGCAUAAAUGGCCUCCGCUGUGGUGACUUUAGUGACUGCUGUGUGGUUUGUAUCGAGAAACGGAAUGUGAAGAAAUGCUCAGCAUGCAAAAUGGUUGGUUACUGCAGUGUGAGAUGCCAGAAGCUUCAUUGGCAGUCUCACAAGAAGUUUUGUAAGCAGCUGGCCAAAGACUACGAAGAACAGCUUGCUGCACAGUUGGCAGAAGAAAAACUCGAGGACGGAAUAAGCCUCAAAACUCAGCAAGAAAAGCCAAGCCUCAUGAAUGGUGAAAAGAAACCUUCGGCCAACCGGAAAAGCGACGAAGCUGUAAACAGCCAUAAAUUAAAAACUGAAAACGAUCAAAACACAAACACUGGAACUAAUGGCGACAUAGAAGGCACAAAUUUAUCGGAGAGUUAACGCAGAAAAGGUUGAUAUUGACGGAACGUGGAGAAACUGCGAUGAUAGUUGGCUUAGACUUGUAACCGAAGAAUGUUUUUUAACCCUUUUACUCCCAAGAUCCAAGAAGUGAUUCUCCCUUCUGAAUGCCAUACAUUGCCUUGUAAAUACGACAGGAGAACUUGGUUUUGUAUUGUGCUCUAACUGACAAGCUCUUCUGUUCUCGUAACUUGUGAGCAGAAUGUUGUACUGAAAUCGUGUGAAGAGUACCUCUAUCUGUUUGGAGGUUCAAAAUAACUGCCCCAAAGUAACACCUAGCUGCGAUGAAAAACGAAAGUAGAGGAAACGCUGAACACGAAAGG